AUGUCUUCAUCUUGUUCCACAUCCGAUUCGAAAAUCAAAGAAAUCAAUGUGAUCGUUGUCGGUGUGAGCGGUUCGGAGACCGUCAAAGGACCAUCUGGUGUUGGGAAGUCACUACUUUGUAAUCGAUUUGUUCGACCAGCCGCUGAUGAGUUUCACAGGGAACAUUCGUCGGUGCUGUCGCAGAUCGAUUUCUGCGGAAGCCCAGUGAUCAACAAGGAUCACUGGUUGUACUGGGGAAGACGCCUAUUGAAUACUCCUGAAACUUCUACUCCAACUAUUUUGAUUCGAGUUGCCGAGCAGACAGAAUUCCUUGGCGAUGAAACAUUUGAAACAAUUGGCGGAUGUUCAAAAUCCGAGGACUAUUAUCACAGAUGUAGUAGGACGAGUCUACAGAGCAGAGACAAACUGAUGUAUAUACAGAAGGAACAACUGGGUCUGGAAUCGGAAUUCCCUCAACACCUCCUACCAGAUGGAAAAUUCAAUGUAGACGGGUUUAUUCUAGCAUGUGACAUCUCCAAAAACUCUCAACUUCACACGAAUCAAAUCCUGAAUAUCGCCAAAUCAAUAGCCAAAACCAAAAAGCCUAUUUUGAUCGCAUUCACAAAAUGCGACGAAAUGAGUGAGAAGUCGAAGAAGCAUUAUAUGAAUUUGUUCAUGGGAACAAAGGAGUUGAAACAUGUUCUCUGUAAUUUGUCACCAGUGGAGACGUCGGCUGUGAAGAAUGUGAAUGUGGAGUAUUUGUUUGGAACGAUGGGAUUUCUGUGUUUGAGGAAUCAGAAGUUGGUGAAAAAGGCGUUGGGGUAUCAGGAAGCAUCGCUGUUUGUUGAGCAAAGGAAUUUACAUGUCAAAUGCUGUUUCUCGACGCUUCUGGCUCAAGCUGUCCCUCUCUGUGUGUAUCCAAAAAAGUGUUUGAGUUGGAAACAAGUGCUAGCAGAUAUCGAUCGACAUCCGGAUCUUCAGAAUUUCGUUACCGUAUUUGGAAGCCGAGUCGCGUUUGAAAUGUACGAGAGAUAUGUGUCCGAAGCGAAGGAAUUGUGGGCAAUGAACAGACUCCGUUCUCUCGUCUCUCGCCUACCACAAGUGUUUCAAGUAUUUCUGGAUGUGGUGGAUUUGGCUGAAAUGGAAUGGAAUAUGGCAAGAGAUUAUAUUCGAUGUCAUCCAUUGUUUAACGCUCUUUUUGAAUGCAACGAUUACGAUGUUGAGCUAUGGAAUCCUACAGCAUUCAACGCAGAUAAUAAAUCAGCACGACUUCCAGCUGAGCUUUUACUUUUGCCAGAAGCCCGAGACGUUUUUGACCAGUUCAGGAUCUCAACACAAAACCUUCGCCACAUCCACCAAUUAAGCCAAGAACUCGAAUAUCUCCUCCACGAAGUCCCCCAAAUAUUCCCUGGCUCCUCCCUAGAAUCCUCUUUCCCUUAUUUUCAAAACUUCUCAAUUACCAAGAAGCUCACACCCGACGUCAUCGCAGAAGCUUACUCCAGAUUCCAACAGAAGCUCAUGGAAAACGCUCGUGGUCAACUUGAAGAGUGUCUUCUAGAAGUUUCCUCAGCGAUUCAGAAUUCUUGGGGACCCACAGAAUAUGUACACGUGGAUUUGAAGAGGUUGGAGAGGGUGAGAAGUGUGUUGGAUGGAGAUCAGAGGUACGAGUGGAUGAAGAUGAUGGAAGGAGAGAGGGACCAAAUGAUUUUAUCAUUUUUACCAUUCAUUUUCAAUGCGAGUCCGUUGAAUUGUCCUACUGCCGAUAUGUGUAUCGAUAUAGUUGGUACUUCGAUUUUGAAUGAUUUCUCGGAACAAACGAGCACUUUUGGAGGAUCUUCUGGAUUUUCAGAGUGUUUUGAGGCGACUAGGAGGAAUUCGGGAAAGCGCAUGCUAAGGGUUCAGAUUUGUGCAAUGUGCGGAGACCGGAUAUCCAUCGACUCAUUGGCAACGUCUCUCUUCCAUAAUGAUCUCAUUCGAUCCUCAAAUCUCAACUACUCAUCCGAUGGCUCCAGCUACCUUGAAGUUCUAGACGAAUCCACGCAAAACUGGAAUACCCUUGAAAUCUCGAUGAACAGUUUUCAUUCUUGGUUCCAUCAAAACGACCAGUGUCCCAUGCAAUUUUUGGACUUCACCGAUGCCUAUCUUUUUGUGUACAACUCCGCGCGAGCGUCAAGUUUCAAUUAUGCACGGUGUGCAAUCGAAAAACUCGCGUUGUCCGUGAAUUUCGAUUGUAUUUUGUUGGUGGCUGUGGUUGAAGAGACGGAGACUGAUUCUAUGAAGCUCAACUUGGAAUAUCUAUCAGAAGGUGCUGAACUUUGCAAAGCGAUUGGCGCUCGGUUCUCAGUGAUAGAUUUACGAAAACGGAAGACGAAUUUUCUGAAUCGACAGCUGAUGGAGUUUUUGAAUGAUGUACUUGAUGGACAAGUCCAAACGAUUCGGACUAUGGAGAAUGAGGAAAUAAGAAGUCUAGAAAAUGAUCGACCUUCUAUGCUGGCUCCAUCCUUCACGUCUUCAGGAAUCCAACUGUUGACAAAACCCGACACCACUAAUCGAAGUCGACGUCAGAAAGCUGGGAACUCAAAUUUGAGAAACCGUGUCACCCGAACCGAUCCUCUGAUUCUGUCCCAUUUCUACACUGCCCCUAUUGAAAUCCAACCAGCACCACUGGCAACCCCAGAGCAUGUGGAUUUCUCGCCAGCCUACUCGUUGGUCAAUGACGCUGUACACACAAUCAUACAGGUCAAUGGAUCGUCUCCAAAAAUCACUGCUUCCCCGAUUUUCAAUAAAUACGACUCGUCUCCAGAAACCAGAAGUACCACGUCUACAGUAUCCGGGGCUAGUUCAGCUCCCCGCGCCGUCUCCGCUGAUGUCACCCGCCGAUCGCGUACUUCUAACGUCUCCCUAUCCAACGACUCCAUCAACCGCCUCCACCGAACUUCAAAUCUCUUCCAACUACAUCCAGAAACUGCAAUCACCGCUGAACAGAAGCAAAAAUCGCUAUCAAUUGAAUCGCUAACAAAAGAGAAGGAAAAGGAUCGAAGUCGAGGAUUUGUUAGAAAAGUUGCGACGUCGUUCCGGUUACGAAAGAAUUUGGGGGAUACAGAUGAGGGAAAGAAGAAAGAGGAGAAUAAGAAGAAGAGCUCUGUGCCAACGACGUCUCCAGAACAGAUAUCGUCGUUUUUGGAGAAAAUGGCAACGAGGUCGCUUCCACAGUCGCCAAGGACCGAUCGGAAGGCAAAGUUGUAUUCUUCCUUAAAUAGUACCACCGAAAAAGUGUCCAAUGUAUUGUCCUGGAUCCCAUCGAAAUCUUCAAAACGGCUCAUGAAGAAUAAAAGUGCUACACAUGAUCUAAGCACAUCGCUUAUCAACUGCAACACGGCGAGUACCAGUACUCAAGGAGUGAUAGCAGCAAAUGAGAAUCUGGAGACUCUGUGUUCAUCGUCCACAUCUGGAAUUGCAGUUUAUCUCGAAAAAUGUAUCGAGUUUAUUGAGAAUAAUGGAGGAUUCGAACAAGAGGGACUGUAUCGCGUUCCAGGAAACCAAACCCAUUUGGCCGAACUGGAAAAGAGGUUUUUGAAAAAAGGCGAUUUCGACGUCUCCCAAUUCGAUACACCGGUCCAUGUGGCAGCGACAGCGCUGAAAAGUUUCUUCUCGUGUCUUCCAGAGUCGCUGAUUCCGACGGAUUUUCAUCCCAGGUGGAAGCAGAUUAUGAUGGUGGAGGAUGAGCAAGAGAAAAUCAACGGAAUCCGCGACGCGUUAUCUCAACUUCCUUCAUCCAACCAACAAGUACUACGGUAUCUAGUCACGCAUCUUUCAAAAGUGUCAUGUUCACCCAAGACCGUCAUGAAUUCGAAUAAUUUGGCAAAAGUGUGGACACCCACGCUUUUCAGACCUGUGUUCACAUCGUAUGAAGAACUAUCAUCUGGUAUCAUUGCAUUUCAAUUGGCACUCGAAUUGCUCAUCGUUAACGCUCAUUCACUUUUCCCAAUCAGCACGCUUCUGUGA